GGCUACACACUCCGAUCCGCAUUGUGACCCAACGCACCCUCCUCAAUGCAGCUGAGUUCCUAUUGGACGGCGUUCCACGUUCCUCUCCCUCUCCACCAGGGGACUGCAGCAUCAGUUCAACUUCCACCACCAGCAACCAAGCACCGCUUAAGGUCCCUGGCAUUCAUCAAGACCAAGGCUACAUUACACCAAUUUUCCGCCACUACAGGAGAUAACUUCUGGCUGAAGCGGGCUCUCUUUAACAUCACUCCUGAAUAAACUGAUCCGAAAAUGAAAGUAGAGUUCUGAGUCAUAACAAAUGAGUUUUCAUUGUUGACGUAAAUAUGUUGAGUUUUAUUGCAAUGCAAAUUUUAUAGUAAAAUUUAAUUCAAAAUAUACUUGUUAAGAUAGUGUAACAAUCAUUUCUUAAUGCAAUAUUUUCGAAAAUUAUAGUGAGAAAUGUCAAAAUUCCUCUUAAUUUUAAAUUAAAAUUUCGGUAAGAACUUUUUAAAAAGGCCCAAAAUGGACAUCCCUACUCGCCAUUGUAAAUCUGAGCCAAAUUGAUUACAUUGAAAUUUUACAGAAGAUUUUCUUACAAAUAACUCCUAUUCCACCAAGGAAUUUAUUUCAAACAAUGUCGGCAUCUAGUGAUUCAAAGAUUGUAAUCCCUUUCGUGCCAUCACUUUUCCACUUUUCUGUGGUAAAAGUAGCUUUAAUGUUGUCCAAACAUAAUGAUGCCACAACUAGCUUUGUGCUCUCUCCAGAAAUGACAUUUUAUGCGGGUUCUGCGAGAAAUAAAGCAAAGGACCCGUUACUUAUCAUUCCUGCACAUUUAAGAGAGAAUGUAGUGCUGGCAAUUCUAGGCUUGGAUGCUGCUGUUACAGAAUGGGUUUCAAACCAUGGUUUAUGGCAUUUAAAGAAGAUGGAUGAAAUCUUUCAAUGGAAAUCUGAUGGGGCAAUUGACAGAAUUAAAACGAUGCAGCAAUUUCUUCUAAAAAAAGAUGUUGAUAUCAAAAUGAGGUUUGAAUUAGCAUGCAGUUACUUUUUGGAAGAAAGUAUACAGACUUUGUGGGCAGAAAUGAAGUUAAGUGAUAAAUUGAAAAUACGUAGUAAUCCCGUUACACAAUUUUGGGUUAAAAGGAUGCAAGAUGGAUUUGGGGUUCAAUGGAUAAAGGACAUUCCAGAAUACCUACACCUUAAUAGAGAAUAUGCCCCCUGUAUCUUAAGUGCAUUCUUUCCUUUCUUGAAGCCGCAAGAGAGGGAGAAGUUUCUUUCCCCUAUAACAAAGACUACAUCUGAUGAUUUUCUUUUAUGUCUGUAUGGAGCUACUAAAGAAGAAGAAGUGCAAAUAUUAAAGAUAGAGGCUCUCAAACUCCUUGUUGCCUAUUUGAAUUGGCCACUGCAAAAUUUCUUUCUACAAAUGGUGGAAAAGAUGUGGCAUAUUAUUGAUUAUCCUCUUUUUAAAAAAGUAGUACUUACUUUAUUCUUAUACAAACUGAGAAAGCAGGAUUUCGAUUAUGAACAACUUUUGGUGGACUUGUGGGCAAUAAGCCCAAAUAACCUCAAAGAAGAGGCAAAUGCAUGCCCGUAUCUCUCUCGCAAAAUUAAUUUCUGUUUUGAUUCAGUAAGGAUGAGGAAAGAACGAAACAGAACUUCGUCAAUUCCAAAUUAAAUUUAAAAGAAGCAAAGAAAUUGAUUACAUGCUAACAGGGCAGUAUUGGAUAUGGUGUUAACUGUUUAACUAAUUCUUUUUGCUAAUAGGAGAUGAAGGAUACACUGUAGAUAUGGGGUUCAAUGGAUAAAGGAUGCUCCUGCAUACUUUGACCUUUAUGAAUGAUAUCCAACCCAUACCUUCAGUGCAUUCUUUCCUUUCUUGCAGCCACAAAACAGGAAGAAAUUUCUUUCCUGUAUAACAAAGACUACAUCUAAUGAUUUCCUUUUCUGUCUGUACGGAGCAACUAAAGAAGAUAAAGUGCAAAUAUUAAAGACGGAGGCUCCAAAACUCUUUCUUCUCUAUUUGAAUUGGCUGCUGCAGAAUUUCUUUAUACAAAUGGUGGAAAAGAUGUGGAAUUUUAUUGAUUAUCCUCUUUUUGAAGAAGUACUACAUAUUAUCUUCUCAUACAAAGUGAGGAUGCAGGAGUUUUGAUUAUGAACAACUUUUUGUGGACUUUUGAUAAAGAAGCCCAAAUUGCUUCAAGGCAAAGGCAUGCCGCUAACUCUCCGCCAAAUUAAUUUGUGUUUUGAUUCAAUAAGGAUGAGGAAAAAACAUAACUUUGAUGAACCUGUCAAUUCCAAUUUAGAUUCAAAAAAGAAAAAUUAAUUAUAUGCUAACAGGCCAGCAUUCGAUAUGGCCCUAACUAUUUAACUAACCCUUUUUGCUAAAAUAAUGUCUUAUUUUUAAUGUAAAUUACACAGUGAUAUAAGAUAAUCUCCUUGUAAAAAAUGCAAUACAAAGUUUUAUAGCGCACAUGAAAAAAUAACUUUAGGUUGCAUUUGUUUGUUAAGUGUUCAAAGUUUUUGAAUUGACUUUUUUUGAUAUUGUGAUAUUAUGUAUUAUUUGAUAUUAUGAAAAAAAAUUUUCCACUUAUUUAACAUUUCGUUUUUUUAUUCUAUCUUGCUAAAAAUUGCAGUAAUAAAAAUUUCUUUAGUAAUACAUUCUUAUCUUAAAUAAGUAUGAUUGCAUUAUGUUUUAAAUGUCAUGAUGAUAGUUUGUAGCAAUAUUGCUUUGGAAACUUGACUGCAUAUAAUAUUGACAUGAAUUAUAUUUGGCAGCAUUGAAGGUUGUGUUAAGCAUCUCUCUAUUUAUUUUACUGAAACAAUUUCUUCAUUUUGUGAAAAAUACAAAAGCAAAUUAAGAAAAAUAAAUAUAUAAAAGAUUUAUUUUAAAUAUUAUCUUUUAGUUUGCCCAAGAUAAUAUUUGUUGUGCUUGGUCUUUAACAAAUGAAGAAUAUUAAUUCUACGUUUGAAUACAUAUUCAUGUAUUUUUAUUCUUGAAAUUUAUGAAAAUAAGCCACUCUUCAAACCAAAUUAGUAAUGGUACAUUUUAUUCCCUCAUCCACUAUUUUAUAGUCAAUAUUAAUUAUUUAUGUCUUACAUAAUUGAUUUAAUCUUAAACAAUUGAAAAUUUUGCGUGAUUUUCAAUAUAAAUUAUAUUACAUGAUUCUCAUCUCCUUUGGAAAGAUUUUUUAUUAUGGGUAAAAUAUUUUUUUAUGCAUGCUAAUAAAAAUGGUAUGGAUAAAGUUGGAUUCAAUUUAAUUCAGUUAAACAUAAUUAUAUAUGUGUGAGUUUUAUUCUAAAAUUAUAUUUCUUCAUUUUUUUUUUUUUUUUUUGCUCAUAGUUUUUUUUAUAUAUAAUAAUGUUUUCUUUUUGCCACAAUUUUUAAAAUUUUAAAGGAAUGGGAUAUACGAUUUCAUACUUAUUUGAUUAUGUAAGUAUAAUAUUUUUUAAAAAUGGAAUUUUAAAAUAUUUAUAUGCUUAGUAUUAAGAGAUUCUUUUCACUGGGUCAAAGAUAGAGAUUUCACUCUCGUAAGUACUUCAGGCAACUCAUUUAAUGGGACUGCUGUGGCUUGAGAUAAGGUUUCAGUUUUCAGACCCAAAAGUUUCAGCUUUUGAAAUCCAGUUCCAAAGAAUUAUUUGAAAACUGGUGGGGUGUAUGUAAAUCCAUUGGGUACAAUAGUCUUGCUGAUGUGCUACGAAAAUUUUGAGAAUGAUUCUGACUCGGAUUACAACCUUGUCAUAUAACCCUGCUGUUGUGUUUGGGUCCAUUUUGACCCAGAAGCUAUUUAAUUUUGAAAUUAAAUUAAAAUUAGCAUGGUUAUUAUGCUGCAUCUUUAUAAAUGUAGUCAAGAUUUAUUCUGUAAAAUAUAUUUGAUUGCAAUAUAAGCUUAUUUAUCAAAAGAAAAAAGUUUACAUGCACUGUGUUUGGGUCCUUUUGGACCUUUGUUAAAAUGCAUUGAUUUAAAAAGAAAAAAUACAAUUUUCUCUUUUUGUAAAAUGAUGAAUACAUAUAUUUAAAGAUUGAAAAUAUAUUUAUUAUUAAUAUAUACUAUAAUUAUAUAUAUAUAUAUUUAUAAUAUUUAUUUUAUGGUUACAUCAGGAUGUUUAGCGGCAUGAAAAAGACUUAAAAAGUACUUGAAUUUGAAAAUCAUUUUUAAGUUCCUUAAGAGUGCUUAAUUUUCUUGAAGUGCCAUUGUGUAUUAAAAUAAAAUCCCCCCUCCCCAUCUUUCUUUAAUAAUGUGCAUUGUUGUUUAUUGCAAUAUUGGGAAACUUAUCCCGAAGAGGCAAUAUAAAAUGUGUACUAUAUCAUACUUGUUGUGACUUCGAAAAAUGUUUUAUCUUCAGUAAAAUUCUGAAAUAUUGCUUUGGCUGUAUCUGAUAAAUGUAUGCUUUACCUUUAUAUGUAUUAUUAAAGAAAAAUAUGCAGAUUUGUCCAACAGACUGAAAAUAUAAAUUUUGUGCCCCAAAGAGAUCUAAAAAUGCUUACGUGGAGCCUCUUUAGUUCAUUGCACUUUUGAUCAUUGUUCUCUUUAAUAUUUCAUUUUGGAGCAAUGUCUUGAUCAACUUAUUAAAGGGAUUUACUAUAAUAUGUAUGUAAAUGUAUGUAUAUUAUAUUCUGUGUAUAUUAAAUUGUAUAAUCAAUGUAUAUUAAAUUCUUACUCAUUGCAUUAGUCUUUGCUUAAAAUCCGAAUAUGAUGAGAUUUUAACUUGAAGCCACAGAUUUUCAAUGAUUGUGACUUCUUUCAUGGUGUUUUCUUUAUUGUCCAUUUGAAAAUUGUUAUUUGUUGGAUCAAUCUUGACAAAUUUUAGUUUUUGUAUGUAUAAAAUUUUUUUUUAAAUCUGGUACUUAAAAUUUCAAAAAAGACUUUCAAAACUUUUAUUCUUUAGGAUUGAGAUUCUAUUAUAUUUAACAAUUUUUUCUUUUUUUGUAUUUCAUACAGAUAUAUAUAUAAUUUCCCAUUGAAAGCUGCACUCUUAGAGAUUUGCCUUUAUUGACAAAUCAUUGAAGUUAGGAAUGUGAAAUGUUGCAGGAAGCUGCUUCUAGGAUGUUAAAAACUCACUAAGAACACAUUUUUUGAAAUUUUAAUUAGAAGUUUAAUUUAAAAAUAAAAAUAGGAUUUAUUUCUGCCAUAUCAUCAAAGCAUGUUAUUGAAUAAAAAAUAUUUUUACACAA